ACUUUAAAAACACAACUUUUACUUUAAUAAUCCUAUGGAUAAUUUACCUAAAUGUGGAGCAAAUUAUGUGUCUUUAACUCCUCUUACCUUCUUAACAAGAGCCUCAAAAUGUUAUGCCAAUAGGACCUCUAUCAUCUAUGGCAAUGUACGUUUCACAUGGAGCCAAACCUACGAGCGUUGUUGUCGCGUUGCUUCCUCUCUUCGAUCCCUUAACAUUGUCAAGAACGACGUUGUUUCAGUGUUGGCACCAAAUGUUCCAGCAAUAUAUGAGAUGCAUUUUGCUGUGCCAAUGGCAGGGGCUGUAUUGAAUACAAUAAAUACAAGGCUAGAUGCUAAGAAUAUUGCAAUUAUUCUUAAACACUCUGAAGCCAAAGUAUUUUUUGUUGAUUAUGAGUACCUUGAAAUUGCUAAAAAGGCCUUUGAACUACUAUCAACAUCCAAAAUGACAAGAAUACCCCUCGUCGUUGUCAUCGAUGACAUCGACUCCCCUACCGGAAUCCAACUAGGUGAGCUCGAGUACGAGCAACUCGUACACCAAGGAAAUCCUAGUUACGUCCCCGAAGAAAUCACCGAUGAAUGGGAUCCAAUCAGCUUGAAUUAUACAUCAGGUACAACUUCGGAGCCUAAGGGGGUUGUGUAUAGUCAUAGAGGGGCAUUUUUGAGUACUUUGAGCCUAUUAUUAGGUUGGGAAAUGGGUACUGAGCCAGUGUACUUAUGGUCUUUACCAAUGUUUCAUUGCAAUGGAUGGACAUUCACAUGGGGUGUAGCAGCACGUGGUGGUACAAAUAUUUGUAUUAGAAACACAACUGCCAAAGAAAUGUACACAAACAUUGUGUUACAUAAUGUUACACACAUGUGUUGUGCACCUAUUGUUUUCAACAUCUUACUUGAAGCCAACUCACAUGAGUACUCCAAACCCUUAACCACACGUGUCCAAAUCCUCACGGGCGGCGCACCGCCGGCCGCACCUCUUCUCGAGAAAAUCGAGAAGCUCGGAUUCCACGUGGUCCAUGCUUACGGGCUCACGGAGGCAACCGGCCCGGCCCUCUUGUGCGAAUGGCAAGAUAAAUGGAACGAAUUACCUAGUGAAAAUCAAGCUAAGUUGAAAUCGAGACAAGGGGUUAGUAUACUAACCCUAGCCGAUGUCGACGUGAAAAAUAUCGAUAACAUGGUUAGCGUGCCACGUGACGGGAAAUCAAUCGGAGAAGUGUGCUUGCGUGGGAGCAAUAUUAUGAAGGGGUAUUAUAAGAACGAUAAAGCGAAUUACGAGGUUUUCAAAGAUGGUUGGUUUUUUACUGGUGAUGUUGGUGUAAUUCACCAAGAUGGAUAUUUGGAAAUUAAAGAUAGGAGUAAAGAUGUUAUAAUUUCUGGUGGAGAAAAUAUUAGUAGUAUUGAAGUUGAAAAUGUUAUAAUGAAACAUAAAAAUGUUGUAGAGGCAUCUGUUGUGGCUAUGCCACAUCCAAAAUGGGGUGAAAGUCCAUGUGCAUUUGUGAUUUUGACUAAAAACUCACAAAUUAAAGAAAUGGAUAUUAUUGGACAUUGUAGAUUAAAUUUACCAGGAUUUAUGGUACCAAAAAAGGUGAAAUUUGUUGAAGAAUUACCCAAGACUGGAACAGGAAAAGUGCAAAAAAAUCAUUUGAGAACAAUUGCUAAAACAUUUGUUGUUGUCACAGAGAAGUCAAAUCAUCAAAAAAGCAAAAAUAUUACAAGUCAAGUCAACAAAGAAAAGCCAAGAUAUUAUGAGCAAAUUCUUGCUUUGUCUCGUUUAUAACAGCAACAACAUCCUCGAUAUAAUUUCACAAAAUGAAGACUAAAGAGGACAUGAUAUAUGCAUAAUGAACAAACCUCUAGCUUAAAGAUAGAUGAGAUAUUUUUGAUCGGUAAGGGUUUAUUAUUAUAAAAAUCAAAUGUUAAAAUAGUAUUGUUGUACUUUUUUUUUGGCUGCUGUG